AUGGAAAUCGACGAAUCGGACGAUGAACAAGUCAACGACGAGGCAGUCACAGUACGAAAGAAGAAGAAAAUCGCCAACGCGGCAGAGGAAUUCGCACAGGACUUCGUUUUUGAGUCGGAUUCGCUUUAUGUGGAUAGAGAGACGGAGGACUUGCAAAAGUAUCUGAAAAAGCAGAAUCCAACGAGUCUCGAUGAGAAAAUUGCGGAAAUGAGGAAGUUGAAGAACACUGGAAAAGCUGUGAUCGUUGACAACGAGGCUGACGACGUGGAAAUCAACGAAGACGACGACGUUCAACAGUUGGGUGGAAAAGAGACGAGGGAUACUGUAAGAGAGAAGAAGAAGGCGGGAAAAUCGAGAAAAGUCGCCGACGGUGAUGAUUUCUUCUCGGCACUCAUCGAUGGAAAAUCGCUGGAUACCAAUGUGAACGUCUCCUUUGAGCAGAUGAAUCUGAGUAGACAGAUUCUGAAGGCGUGCGCUGGAGCAGGCUAUUCGGAUCCCACACCCAUUCAACAGGCGUGUAUUCCGGUAGCCUUGACUGGAAAGGACAUUUGCGCUUGCGCCGCCACUGGUACCGGAAAAACCGCUGCCUUCGUACUCCCAAUCCUUGAACGUAUGAUCUACCGUCCAAAAGGAGCCAGCUGCACUCGUGUGCUCGUCUUGGUGCCAACUCGUGAGCUGGCGAUUCAAGUUUUUCAAGUUUUCCGAAAACUGUCGACUUUCAUCCAACUGGAAGUUUGUUUGUGUGCAGGAGGAUUGGAUCUGAAAGCUCAAGAAGCCGCCCUUCGUUCUGGACCAGAUGUCGUCGUCGCCACGCCAGGACGUCUUAUUGAUCAUUUGCACAACUCGCCGAGCUUCAAUUUGGCAUCUAUUGAGGUAUUUUUGAGCCUAGAAAAGGAAAAAUUCAGAAAUUCGGAAAUUCAGGAAUCCAAAAAUUUGAAAGUUCUCGUGCUCGACGAAGCCGACCGUAUGCUCGAAGAAGCGUUCCGUGACCAAAUGAACGAACUGAUCCGUCUGUGCGCCGAAAACCGUCAAACCCUUCUUUUCUCCGCAACAAUGACCGAGGAAAUCGACGAACUCGCUUCGAUGUCUCUCAAGAAACCCGUGAAAAUCUUCAUCAACGAAAAUACAGACACCGCUUUGAAGCUCCGUCAAGAGUUCAUUCGUAUUCGUGCCGGAAGAGAGACAGAUCGAGAAUCAAUGGUGGCUGCUCUGGUGACAAGAACCUUCCAAACCAAUACAAUCGUUUUUGUUCGAACCAAAAAAGACUGUCAGCGAAUGCAAAUUCUUUUGGGCCUCCUUGGAAUCAAAGUGGGUCAAAUGCAGUCCAGUUUGACGCAGGGACAACGUAUCGAAUCGCUGUCAAAGUUCAAAAAAGGAGAGAUAGAUGUCUUAGUCUCCACUGAUCUCGCUUCUCGAGGUCUUGAUAUCGAAGGCGUCCAAACUGUUAUCAAUAUGAAUAUGCCGAAAUCCAUCAAACAGUACAUUCAUCGUGUCGGACGUACGGCGCGUGCUGGAAAAGCGGGAAGAUCGAUUUCACUGGUGGGAGAGGAGGAGAGAAAGCUGCUCAAAGAGAUUGUGAAUUCCAAUGCGGAUAGAACUCUAAAACAGCGUCUUGUGGCACCAGAAGUCGUUGAGGCUUACAGAAGACGGAUUGAUGAGUUGGAGGAGACGAUUCAGCAGAUUGACGAGGAGGAUCGCGCUGAGAAGGAGUUGAGAAUCGCUGAGGCGUCGAUGGCGAAGACUCAGCAAGCGUUGGAAGCCGUGGAGAAUGGUGGAGCCGUGCAGGAGAAGAGGGUUUGGAUGAUGAAGGAGAGUCAAGUUGAGAAGCAACGAAAACGCGAUGAGAAGCGUCAAAUGAAGAUCGAGGCCAAGAAGAAGGCGCACGCCGCCAAGUCUCCAGAAGACAUUGCCGCUGAGCACGAAGCCGCGUUCCACGUUCGAUCGGCGAAACGCGCACGUCUCUCCAAGAAUCGCAAGAUCCGCGCCGUCGUUGAGUCGACUGGAAAUGGUGGUGCCAAAGGAAAAGGAGCCGGUGGUCUUCAGAAGAAAUCCAACGCCAAAUCGUCACUUCGUGACAUUCCACUUGUUAAUGUGGGCGCUCGUGGCGUUCAGAAGUCGAAGACGGCAUUCGGAGGAGGAAAGGGAUUCACAUCGGCACUGGCUUCAGUGUCUCGGAAAUCUGUGAAGGCCGCCCGUCACGGACCAGAAGACUCGAAAUUCCAGAAGGCUCGUGUCGCGCAUCGUAUGAAGACCAAGAAG